UAUAGAUUCUAUUUCUAUCCACCUGCUCCUUAAUUCACAUAAAAAAAAUGUUCACUCCAUCUCUUCAAAUUUUCUCACAAAAAUCAUCAUCAUCACCAUCUUCAAAUUUAACUUCAAUGAAACUCAAAAGAAUCAUUCACACUCUCUUAGUUUCACACUUAUGUAGAAUAAUUCGUGCACUAUCUAAAGUCAAACAUUUCAUAGUUGACUUCACUACUUAUUACCCUUCAUCAACUCACAAAAAAAGAAACAACAUUAAAAACAAGAUCAUUUUAGGUUCUUUUAGGCUUCAUUAUAAUUGGUGUUCAUCAAAAUCUUCUCAUGUUUUACCAGUUCCUGAACCUGUUUAUGAAGGUUUGUUUGAGCAUAAUCAUAAUCAAAAUCAAAAUCCUGAGUUACAUCUUGCAGGGUAUUUACAGUGGCUUGAAGAGGAGAAGAAGAAAAAGAAGAAGAAGAUUGAAGAAGGUGAAAAAGAGAAUGAGAUUGUUAAUGAUAAUGAGAAUAUUGAUAUGUUAGCUGAAAUGUUUAUUGCUAAUUGUCAUGAGAAGUUUAAGUUGGAAAAACAAGAAUCUGAUAGAAGGUUUCAAGAUAUGCUUGCUAGAAGCAUGUAAACUUAUAUAAUUGAGUUAGCUAGCAAGUUGCAUGUUUUAUUUUUGUUCUGUUUUUCUUUAGCAGCUAGUAAGAUACUCGUGUUUCCGCACAGGACGCGCCUUCAUCCGUGUUUGAUCAGUUGUAACAUGUGAUUUUUCCCACAUUGAAAUUCAGUUUGCUAUAAUUACUUGGGAAAAAUCAUGCUUAAUUACUAAUUAGGAGUGUAAUAUUAUUGGA